AUGUUAUAUCGCAUCGCGUCAAGUACUGUUUUCAUAGCCGCGGAGUACUCCAGCUUCCCGAAACUGUUCCACCUGGACGAGUUCGCGGGCUGUCUGCAGCGCCCCGGCUCGCUUUACUGCGUCGGCAGCUUCCUCUUGAAGCCGGUGCACGAGCCGCACGAUAUGUAUGACUUGAUGCAGGAGUACUCGUCGGACCCUCACAACUUCAACCGCAGCCUGCUCCACCGCGGCUACUGCGUCGCCGCCCGCUGCCCCUCUCUGCGCACUCCCAGCCACUCUCGUUACUUCGAGCGCUGCGCCUCGAUCCUGGCGCGCCGUCAACACCUGCGAGCUUCCCUCACGCAGCUCAGCUACUGCCGCACGCACACACAGGAUGUUGCUCUGAAAGACUUCAGGUCUAAUUUGGAAACUCGUCACUAUGUGUUCCUGUGUACCGUGCUGGUGAUUGUUGCAAUAAAUGUUAUUGGAACUGUUUAUGAUGUGACUACGAAAGGUAGUAAGAGCAAGAAUAAACUGCUCACCUCCUGGUCGUUAGUAAGGAACUGGGAUGAGCUGGUAUGUCCGUACCCUGACGGUGACCCGCGGCUUGCAGCGGUGUUGCCGGUCGAAGGGUUUAGAGUCAUAAUGAUCCUGCUGGUAAUGUUCACGCACGCCGGCAUCCUGCACGAUAUGCUGUUCCUAGAAAACCCUUCAUAUGUCGAAGAGAUGUCACAUCACCCCGUAAUGAUGCUGCUGCAGAACGGCACCUCAUCCAUCCAGCUGUUCAUUCUGCUGUCCAGUUUCCUGCUGGCUCACUCCCUGCUGAGUAUGAGUCCCACGCCUGACUUCUGGAUGUUGCCCAAAUUGAUCACAAAACGAUUUUUUAGAAUUAACGUUUCCAGGAUAUAUCCCGUUUACAUGCUGACAAUAGGAUUCGCGGCGAGCUGGUGGGGGCUGAGUCGCGACGGCCCGAUGUGGCCCGCGCUGGUGGGCGCCGAGAGUGAGGUGUGCCGGCGCAAGUUCUGGUACCACGCCUUCCUCCUGCACAACUUCGUGGAACCUGAACACCACUGCCUGGUGCAAACCUGGUUUUUGGCAGUGGACAUGCAGCUGUACGUGGUAGGCUGCAUCAUCACGCUCUGCCUGCUGCGAGCUCGGCGGUAUGCUCUGCCGAUAUUGGGGAUGGCAUUUGUUAUUACCUGUGUAUCGAACCUGAUCAGAGCCUACAUCAAUAAAUGGACACCGCUCAUGUUCAUAUCUGUCCCAGAUAACAUCCGCACGAUGUUCCGCCAUGAGCCCUCGUUCAGCCAGUUCUACACCAGCCCUGCGGGCAGCCUGCCCACUUGCCUGCUGGGACUGUUUGUAGCGUUUCUGCAUCAUCACCUCCGGGAGAAAGGCUUUAAAGCCUCUGAUCAUAAAGUGAGACCAUGCGGUUUAAAUGUUUUAUUGAGUUGGCUGAUCACAGCAUGUCAGCUGACAGUGCCCCUGCUGCCCGCGUGGUCCAGCGCGGGGCACCUGCUGCGGCACAGCUCCUCGCGCCACUUCAACGCGCUCUACAUCGCGCUGGAGCGGCCCGCGCUCGCGCUUAUAGGCGCCGUGCUGUUGUUCGGAGUCUAUAAUGGUACCUCCAAGAAAGAUAACAAGAACAAGGUCCCGAACACGCAGACAACAGGGUUCCUGCGGCACGUGUUCAGCUGGCGCGGCUGGUUCCCGCUGGGGCGGCUGUCGCUGGCCGCCCUGAUGCUGCACUGGUGCCUCAACACCAUGAUAGCUGCCUCCAGCCUCACUCCCAUCACCAGCGACGCUCUACAUAUGGUGGCGGACUGGCUGGCGACCACGGUCCUCACGUACCUGCUGGCGGUGCCCGUCACGCUGCUAGUGGACAUCCCCUUCCAGAAGUUCUACUCAGCUUUGACCUCUAAAUAAAAAUCACUGCAUUUCUAAACCGGCUUUCUAUUACAACUUGUCUAAAAAUUACUUUGUUAUUUUACCAUGUGAAACACAAACCUUUUGUUAUGGAAUUAAAAAUAUUGACAUAAUUAUAUCGGUAUAGUAAUCAAAUAAUAAAGCAUCGUAUGUCUGACGCACAUCAAUCAAACAUUUGAUUAGUGCGUCAUUGCAGCGGCGCAAAACAUGUGGUGAGCGGAGUUCAUUAUUAACUAAGUUAUUGCAAGAAGCUUGUGAUUUGGUUACAAAUAUGAGGAGUAAC